AUGGUGUCCGGAAUAGCCCUUCUCCUUUUCGUGGGAGCGUCUGCCAAACCAGUUAUUCCAGGACUGGACACUAUUGCAACCCCUACUACCAGUGGACUCCAGUCCGAUGGGCCUGAUAGGUGCACCAGCCUGUCCACAAGUAGCCAGUGGUUAAGCAUAUGCGACACGACUAUUUUCUGGCCAACGUCGACCAACUACUUUUACGGCCCGACUAUCGGCCCUAAGGCAUCUGCCGUCUCCUGCAAUGCCGAAUGGGUCGAAUAUGGCGGACGCGCUAGUGGGCUAGAGUCCCUAGGUGCAACAUCCACGUCCACUCUUUAUUCAUCCUAUGUCACUAGCACCGGGGCUUGUAACUCUGAAGUCCGGGGCGAAGGUCUCCAUGAUACACAUACCGGCCCAGUUACCACGCUCUGUGAUGGGGUUGCACGCGCCCUAGGUCCUCGAGAAUCUAUAACCGACUACUGGCCAGGUACAGGACCAUGUAGUUCCUUCAUGCUCACCGAGACUAGCACUACAUUGGUCUAUCGAUCACCUUCACCGACUCCUAGCUGUAAACUAAAUACCCAGGAUUGCAUUCCCAUCUGGCAGACCUACACCAGUCUUUCGAACGCCUAUCAGUCCUCUGUCACAACUGAAGUACCUGGAGACAGCAACAGUCCAAUCCGACCGGAAAGCUGUCCGUCUACAACGCGAGACUAUACUGAUCCUGAUGCAUGCAAUAAUUGUCAUUAUCUCCCGGAUACAGCAACCCUCUUCUACUGGCCGGUGACCACCAGUGGAGGUCUCUGUCUGCAGAAUGGAAGCACCAUCCCUGCCACGCCGACGGGAGAUGGCCCCAAUACCGCCGUUGUCGACGGGAAUACGUUCAUUUCCCCAAGCGUUUAUGUUUCCUUUACCAGCAUCUACGCGCGGAGUAACCAGCGCGCCCACCCUGGUGGCCCAUGCGGCGAUGAUCAUGAAAAUGUGAUCAUUUCUGUCAAUCCGGAAGCGAUUACAUCUUACCGUAACCAUAUCAACGCGAAAUACCCCAAAAUCGGAACCGCAUAUCCUUUCAAUUUGGCUGAAUUUCAACAGCAUCAGGUCGGAAAUUAUACGAUGUCUUUGAUCCCUUGGGAGCAAUACCUUGGUGGUUCUCAGUGUGUGUCCGGAGGCGGUGGUUGUAGCAUGAUUCGUGAUGACUAUCUUCCCUGGCUCGAGAUGCCAGACGUCAUGACGCAGGUUGAUCGUCGGUGGACCAGUUGUCAUCGAUCCUGGUAUAUUCCACCGGUUAGUCUAGUGCCGCUGGUAGGUGGACUAGAGUCGCGACCAACGGGCAUGGCGGAGGCGAGCAGCACCCCGGCUACUCCGGCGCUUCCUUCGUCGGGACUGGCUGCGCCCACUCCGGAGGCUACCUGA